GCCUUCAUCGUCGCCUUGUUCAUCGCACCAAGUGUCGCCAGCCCUUGCGCUCCGGCUUUAGCUAUUUCCAACCGUCGGGAUACAAACCCAGCGCCUGGCUCACCCCCUGUACUCCUCGCUGCGCCACCUUCGUUCCGCAACAGAACCAACUUCCAAGCGCUUGUAGCAGCGGCGGGCUCAUGUGACCCAGGCACUUUCUUCUGUGCCCCCAGUUUUUGUUGUACGGAUGGGGGUGUAUGCGUAUGGUUAACUCCUUGAAACACUUUAGGAGUGUUCUUACCCACUUCCUCAGUGCACGGAUGGCAGCGGGUGCUGCCAGCAGGGCUAUUACUGUUACUCGGCAAGUUGCAUUCCGAACGGUGGGACCCCCUGUGGUAUUGGCCAUUACUGUGAACAGGGGAAAACAUGUUGCCAGCCCGGUGUUAGUU